AUGGCAGCCAGGAUCCCUCCAGAGCCAAGACCUUCUCCAGAAGGUGACCCAUUCCCACCACCACCACCACCACCAAUGUCAACCCUCAUUCCUGACACUCCCCCGGACACCCCUCCUGCCAUGAAGAAUCCUGCCAGCCCUAAGCAGCUCCCACUGGAACCAGAGUGUACCCCAGGGCAGAUCGAGCGUGGGCCAGUCCCCCUGCAAGAGGAGUCCCCUCCCUCAGAAGUGAAAAGCAGGGGACCCACUCCACCAGCCACAGGCCCACGGGACGCCAGGCCUCCUCGAAGGAGCAGCCAGCCAUCUCCAACAGCAGUGCCAGCCUCUGACAGCACCCCUACCAAGCAAGAUGUGAAGAAAGCAGGAGAGAGACACAAGCUAGCAAAGGAGCGGCGGGAAGAGCGGGCCAAGUACCUGGCGGCCAAGAAGGCAGUAUGGCUGGAGAAGGAGGAGAAGGCCAAGGCGCUGCGAGAGAAGCAGCUUCAGGAGCGCCGGAGGCGGCUAGAGGAGCAGCGGCUUAAAGCUGAGCAGCGCCGCGCGGCCCUGGAGGAGAGACAGCGGCAGAAACUCGAGAAAAACAAGGAGCGCUAUGAAGCCGCUAUCCAGCGGUCAGUGAAGAAGACGUGGGCUGAGAUCCGGCAGCAGCGCUGGUCCUGGGCAGGGGCCCUGCACCACAGUUCCCCGGGACAUAAGACCAGUGGGAGCAGGUGCUCCGUGUCGGCAGUAAACCUGCCCAAACACGUGGACUCUAUAAUCAACAAGCGGCUCUCAAAGUCCUCAGCCACGCUCUGGAACUCCCCCAGUAGAAAUCGGAGCCUACAGCUGAGCCCAUGGGAGAGCAGCAUUGUGGACCGUCUGAUGACGCCCACCCUCUCCUUCCUGGCAAGGAGUCGCAGUGCAGUCACACUGCCUCGCAAUGGCCGGGACCAGGCCGUGCCUGUGUGCCCACGCUCGGCCUCUGCCAGCCCCCUGACGUCUUGCAGCGCCCCCCGGAACGUGCACCGCUGCGCCCCCGCUGGGGAGCGCCGCAAGCCCAGCACAGUGGGCAGCCCUGCCCCGGCCCGCCGUCGGCCCGAGGCCUCGCCGGUGCAGAAAAAGGAGAAGAAGGACAAGGAGAGGGAAAACGAAAAGGAGAAGAGCGCCCUCGCCCGGGAGCGCAGCCUCAAGAAGCGCCAGUCACUGCCCGCCUCGCUGCGGCCAAGGCCUUCGGUGGGCCCCACCUCUGAGCUCAGUCCCAAAUCCAAGGCCCACCCAGCAUCUCCAUCCACCUCCUGGCACAGGCCUGCCUCUCCCUGCCCCAGCUCCAGCCCUGGGCCAGGCCACGCUCUGUCCCCAAAGCCACCAUCCCCCCGAGGCAUCACUGCAUCACCCAAAGGGCGCAUUCGGAGGAAGGAUGAAUCAAAGGACAGUCCCAGUGCAGCAGGGCCUGAGGACAAGAACCAGAACAAGGGCAGGGCCAGUGACGAGGAGCCAGCAGGCCCAGCUUCACCAGCACCCUCGCCUGUGCCCUCACCGGUCCCAGCCCAGCCCCAGAAGGAGCAGCCCACAGUGGAGAGCCCCGCAGGAACUGCUGUUCUCAUCUCACCUCCAGCCCCUGCUCCCCCGGUGACCCCUAGCAAACCCAUAGCCGGAACCACAGACCGGGAGGAGGCCACUCGGCUCCUGGCUGAGAAGCGGCGCCAGGCCCGGGAACAGCGGGAACGCGAGGAGCAAGAGCGGAAGCUGCAGGCAGAACGGGACAAGCGAAUGAGAGAGGAGCAGUUAGCGCAGGAGGCCAAGGCCCGGGCUGAGCGGGAGGCCGAGGCCCAGAGGCGGGAGGAGCAGGAAGCCCGGGAGAAGACACAGGCUGAGCAGGAGGAGCAGGAACGUCUGCAGAAGCAGAAAGAGGAGGCUGAAGCUCGAUCCCGGGAAGAAGCAGAGCGGCAGCGACUGGAGCGGGAAAAGCACUUCAGGCGGGAGGAGCAGGAACGGAAAGAGCGCAGAAAGCGCCUGGAGGAGAUCAUGAAGAGGACUCGGAAGUCUGAAGCUGCUGAAACCAAGAAGCAGGAUGACAAGGAAACAAAAGUCAACGAUUCCAACCCAGACCCUGUGAAAGCCGUGGAGGCUCGCCCCUCAGCACUGCAGAAAGAAGAGCUGGCCACCCAGGAGAUUCAGUGGAGCCUGCCAAACAAGGAGUCGCCAGGGUCCCUGGUGAAUGGUCUGCAGCCUCUCCCAUCACAUCAGGAGAAUGGCUUCUCUCCCAAGGGGCCCCCAGGGGACAAGAGUCUAGGCCGAACGCCAGAGACACUGCUGCCCUUCGCAGAGGCAGAAGCUUUCCUCAAGAAAGCUGUGGUGCAGGCUCCACAGGUCACAGGCCACCCAGGCGGGGGGAGGGGAUGUAAUAGAGCAGCCCACGUGACAUCCGACAACCCGACGCGUGACGCGAAUCGGAAGUUGCGGACGCCGCCGCCGCCGUCGUCGUCGGAGAGCGGGGACGCGGGCCGCACUGUCGGGCGGGGGCGAGGAUCGGGCCGGUUGUGCCGUUGCGAGGCUGCAGCUGCGAUUGCUGCUGUGGGCCCAGGGCUUCCCCUCGCUCCGGCCUGGCUUCGGAGGCCCAAGGCCGCCUUCUCUUCUGAGCAACUCCCAUCCUUCUUUCUGCUUUUCUGCAAUAUGCCGGGGGACACCUUCCUCUACCUCUCCCCCUUUUGGUCAUACGAACCCCGUUAUUUGGAUUUCUCCUUUUCCUGA